AGGCCGGGAGGAGGAGAGCAAUCCCAGGCCUCUUCGUUGCUCCCAAAUCUUUCCUUUUUGCCCCUUUCUCACCCGAACAGCGCGUUCGAGAGGGGAUCUAAUGAUUCGAUAAGAGUUCUCCUUCGCCAAAUUAUGAUUCUUGAUUCGUCCGUCGCGUAGCAAUCGGUCACAUCUGUUUUUAGCGUUCCGAGUUCAUUAAUGGAUCGCUGUUGGCUUUUGGUGAUCUUCUUAUUUGGGUGUAUCUUUGGAGCUACUGAUGCCAGCGAGGGCGACGCCGAUCCGCUCUAUAGAGUAUGUAUUGAACAAUGUGAAAAAAUGGGGUCUGUUGGAGACAUCUCAAUCCAGCACUGCCAGUUUUUAUCUGAUGGUGUGCUUGCUGACAGUCCAUGGUAUAUGCAAGAGCCACUAUAUGUUCAAUGGAAACAGUGGAAUUGUAGGAGCGACUGCCAAUACUUUUGUAUGAUGCAACGGGAAAAAGAAAGGGAAGCACUUGGUCUCAGACCUGUUAAGUAUUAUGGUAAAUGGCCCUUUAAGCGAUCAUCUGUUCUUCAGGAACCUGUUUCUGCUGUCCUCUCUGCAUUAACACUUGUGGUGCAAUUUAACGGAUGGUUAUCUUUUUUCCUCUUAUCAUAUUAUAAGUUGCCGCUUAGGCCCCAUAGUGGGAGGACAUAUUAUGAAUACACUUGCUUGUGGCAUAUAUACGGGCUGUUAUCAAUGAACGCCUGGUUCUGGGGUGCUAUAUAUCAUACUCGAUGUUUUGAUUUGACGGAGAAGUUGGAUCAUUCGUCAUCUGUGGCUUUAAUUGGGUUCGCCCUUAUUCUUGCUGUACUACGAACUUUUAAUGUGAAGACUGAAGCUUCAAGGGUCAUGAUUGGAGCUCCUUUGUUGGCCUUUCUGACAACACAUAUCCUGUAUCUCAACUUCUAUAAACUGGACCAUGAGCUUAACAUGAAAGUUUGUGUCGCCAUGGGCAUCGGUCAAGUGCUCCUCUGGUCUGUCUGGGCUGGGGUGACUCGGCACCCUUCGCGCUUCAAGAUAUGGGCGGUCGUCAUUGGUGGUGCCAUGGCCAUAUUUCUGGAGUUAUACGACUUUCCACCUUACAAAGGUUAUGUCGAUUCCCAUGCAUUGUGGCAUGCCACCAACAUACCUCUUGCAUAUCUCUGGUGGAGCUUCGUCUAUGAAGAUGUCGAGUUUCGAACAUCAGCCAUCAUGAAGAAAGCUAGGUAAAGGAGCAGUACAAACAAAAAACCCAGUUCUCUUUCUUGACUUAUUGAGCUGUAAAUCUACUUUAAUUUUUUUCUCUUUAUCUAUCUGUUAAUAGUUGAAGAAUGUCACCCUCCACCCUCUCCUCGUUUUUCAGUUUGCAUUCUUACUCUUUUCUGAGUUGAUAUCUGAGGAAUUCCUUACAGAAACUCAUGUGACAUUGCACUGUAUUUGCUGAAAAGCAUUCUUCCUCUUCUCGAGUUGAUAUUUGAGGAAUUCCUUUU